AUGUUAAGGAUCAUUGCCAGGAAGUCACAUCUAAAAAAUAUUAUCUUAGAACCUAUAAUCCGAGACAUAUUCCUGGGAAGAUAUCAUAAAUUGGUUGCUGCUGCUGCUGUCACAUUCUUCACUCCUCCAAGUAUGAAAUACACAUCAUUUCCAAAUGCAGCAGGCAUUGCCAAAGGUGAAGAACCAGUCGCCUUGCGGGAAAAUCAAGAUAGCUGGAAGUUAUACUAUAGUUGUGACAAUGUCAAACUUGUUGCUGUUUGCCAUCGCCUAUCUCUGUCAUCUACGACUGGUUGCACUUUGCACGUUCUCACUCCAACCAGACCUCUUAUAUUAUUGGGUAACCAAGCAAUAACUUUUGCUCCCCUCCAUACCCAUUAUCCAAUGCUUGAGGAUCACAUGGGCAGAACGGGCCUAGCUACUGUGCCAAACAAUUGGGAUAAUCCAAUGAUAGUAUGUAAAGAAAACUGUGAUCGGGAGGUAUUCAGACUUCUCCCACACUCAGAAUUUUACCCCUUUGUUGUUCCAUUUGAAAUGGAGGGAGACACAACAGAAAUACCUGGUGGUCUGCCACCUGUAUAUCAGAAAGCACUGAGCCAACGGGAACAGAGGAUACGAAUCUGGCAGAAAACGGUGAAGGAAGCAGAGUUGACCAAGAAUCAGAGGAAGACUUUCCAGAUGUUAGUGGAGAACAAAUUCUAUGAAUGGUUAGUCCACACAGGCAGCCGUCAACAGCUUGAUAGCUUGGUACUUCCUGCUGCAGGAUCUAAACAGGCAGCAGGAUAGGAGAACCCUUGAAGCAACCAAAUCAUCAGUUCUGGAGAUGCA